AGAAAGACGAGACCAAACCGGAACCAGCCCAGACACUUCAGCCAUCGUCUUCUGCUCCCCUCCCGGCGACUCCGCACCCGCUCUCUUCUCUAGGGUUUUAACCGGCGAUCUCUGAUCCCCUCCUCUCGCUCCUGCCGUGCCGGCGAGAAAUGGCGGAGGUGGAGGAGGUCGGGAGCAGGAUGGAAGCGCAGCUGCGCCUCCACGCGGGCCCAGCGGCGGGCGAGGAGGACGACGGCGAUCUCCCGCUCCCCGUCCUCUUCGACAGGGCGUCCCACCUCCACGCGCUCGCCUCCAGCUCCUCCCUCGACCAGGAAGGGAUCCGGAAGGGGGUCGACCUGCUGCGGCAGUGCGACGAGAUGGUCAGCAAGCUUGGCCUCUUCUCCUCCAACGAGACCAAGGACGACGUCUCCACCGCCAACCUCAAGUACCUCCUCGUGCCGUACUACCUUGGGGAAAUGACUGAGCAAGUGGAUCGGGAGGACCGGAUUCCAGUCCUCAAGGCAUCACAGGAUCAUUUGAAGGAGUUCAUUUCUAUAUGCGAAGCGUUGGAGCUUAUUCCAGAGGACGAGCUCGAAUUAUCUAGACAAGGGCAGUCGGAAACUGCGGCGAACCGAAGAGCACAAAAGGUUGCCCGGUUCAAGCGGCAAAAGGCUGCAGAAACGAAGCUCCAAGAGAUCAAACAGAGAAAGGAAAAGCGUGGACGAUCAUUGAGAGCGGCGACUUUAUCAGCUCCUAUUGAAGCUGGCGAGGAGGAUGACUUUGAGGAUGGUGGAGAGGAAGAAAGAGAGGCUUGGUUAGCUACUAUCGCAUUGGCUCUCUGUAAGGCUUUUGAUCUUGUGGACAUGUUAAAGAAAGAAGAAGAAAUGCUUCUGGCUGUAAAAGAAAGAAAAGAAAAGGAUGGGAAUGCAUUUGCUCGUGAAAUGCUCGAUGAGCGUACACAAAAGGCUGAAGCUUGGCACCAGAAUGCUGCCAGCCGUGCACCAUAUUCAAAACCAGCCGAUCCCAUUACUUGCGCACAUUUUGCUCAAGAUGUCAUUGAAGGUAGAGCAAGUGUUUCACAAGCUCAUGACCACAAACACCAACCCAUGAUAUUUGGACCUGCAAGUCUUGUUGGUGGGGGACUAACCAGUGAAAGGGAAAGAAUGGCAGCACGAGUUUUUCAGCCUAGUUACAGGAUGCCGACGAUGAGCAUAGAAGAAGCCGGAUUGACUGAAAUGAAAAUUAUGGAGGAAUGGCAAGCAAACACGGCCAAGAUGAUUCAAGAGGCAAGCUCCUCUUGGCACAAGGAUGGCACCAGUUCAGCCCAGGACGACGAGGACGCCGAAGAGGAGAAAGCAAGGGCAUGGGAUGACUGGAAGGAUGAGAACCCUCGUGGCGCAGGCAACAAGAAGCUCACUCCCUGCGGCUAAAUUGUGAGCUCGUACACAGUUGAAAAUACCACAUGAUACUAGCGAUGUUCAUGUAGAAUGUUACAACAUUUGUAUUAUUUCCCCGUCCAAUGUUUGCUGAGUAAUGUCGAAAAUUAUAUGCAUUUUGUGCAAGUGCUUGUGUUAUCAUCCAUUGUCUUGCGGUUGCUGGUGGCAACUAAACCCA